AUGUCAUAUAAACGGAGGAUGAUAUCACAUUUACGAUUAAUAAGGAUUUCAAAUUUAUCAGCCAACCUAAAAACACAAGUGAAAUUGUUUAUGAACCAAAUAUCAGUUCUUGAAUCAAGUGAAAUCACAGCUUUUGGAAUUUUCAACAUAAAUUUAAAUCUUGUUGUAUCAAUACUAGUAUUACUUAUAACCGGUUUAGUUACAAUAAUACAAAUGCAAGAACAUCCAAUAAUGUUACAAUUAGAAGAGAAUUUACAGAUAUUUAUGAAGAAUAUAACUAACAAAAAUGAUACUAUCUGA